GUCACCCGGAAGUUGCCGGAACAGUCGGGUUGUGUCAGCGCUCCCUUAAGAUGGCGGCGGUGUUUGAGGUGGAGGUUGACGGCGUACAGCACGACCACGGACACGGACACGGACACGACGACGAAGCCGCUCAGGUCGACCUCUCGCAGCUUUCACCAGAAGAGAGGUGGAGACUGGAACAUGCGAGAAUGCACGCCAAACACAAAGGGCACGAAGCCAUGCACGCCGAGAUGGUGCUCAUCCUCAUCGUCACGCUCGUCAUCGCUCAGCUCGUCCUGGUGCAGUGGAAACAGCGGCACUCCAAAUCCUACAACUUGGUGACCCUGUUUCAGAUGUGGGUGGUGCCUCUUUACUUCACCACGAAGCUGCACUGGUGGAGAUUCUUGGUGACGUGGUCCAUCUUCUCCAUCGUCACCGCUUUCAUCACGUUCCGUGCCACUCGGAAGCCUCUGGAGUGCACCACGCCGAGAUUGGUUUACAAAUGGUUUCUCCUCUUGUACAAGAUCAGCUACACGACGGGAAUUGUGGGAUACAGUGUAGUCAUGUUCACACUCUUUGGCAUCAAUUUGAUAUUUAGGAUAAAGCCGGAAGAUUCCAUGGAUUUCGGCGUUUCCAUGCUCUUUUACGGACUCUAUUACGGCGUCCUGGGCAGGGAUUUUGCCGAGAUGUGUGCAGACUUCAUGGCGUCGACGGUAGGGUAUUACAGUGCGUCCGGAAUGCCUACUAAACACCUCUCGGACAGCAUCUGCGCCGUGUGCGGUCAGCCCAUCCUGGUCAGCGUGGACGAAGAAGGGAUCAUGGAGAACACCUACAGGCUCUCCUGCAACCAUGUAUUCCACGAGUUCUGCAUACGAGGGUGGUGCAUUGUGGGUAAGAAACAGACGUGCCCAUACUGCAAAGAAAAGGUGGACCUGAAGAGAAUGUUCAGUAAUCCGUGGGAGAGACCUCACGUCAUGUACGGACAGUUACUGGACUGGCUUCGCUAUCUCGUAGCCUGGCAGCCAGUCAUCAUCGGACUAGUGCAGGGCAUCAACUAUACCCUCGGUCUGGAAUGACGGCCACGACCAUCCCAGAGAGACAGACAGAGAGAGAGAGAGAGAGAGAGAGAGAAAGAGAGAGAGAGACUAUACGCAAUCUGUCAUGGAGUUACACGGACACUGGGACUGGAACUUUAAUCACCAAAAGUGUGUACUGUACUGUAUAUUGGCACACACACUGUGCAUAUGUGUAUUUAAAGGAGAAAAAAAAUCUACUAGAGGUCUGGCUUUGUUCUUGAAACUUUGAAAUCUUAAAGUUUUUUUUUUUUUUUUUUUUUUUAAAGAAAAUACUAACCUCCUUUUUAGUCUUAAUGGUUUUAACCGUAAGUUACAACCUCAGACAUCAUUUUUUCCCCCCCUUUCUUUUCCAGUUACUAUGAAAUCCUCUGUCCUGUCCAGUGAAAACCCUUCUUUCACUUCUCGUCAUUGCUGAUGUUUACUGUGGUUUUUUUUUUUUUUUUUUUAGCCUUGGUUAGACACAGCACACACACACACACACACACACACACAUGUGCUCAAACACACACAGAUGUGGAGAAGCCACUGACCAGAAUCUCUUUAGGGGAAUGUUUGUCUUUCUGAGAGAACACACUCGUCUGUGAGUCAGCGACGUUCUCAGGGUUCAGAUGUGGAAUUCCUGUGUUCCUGUGUUCCUGUGUUCCUGGAUACUGAGGCAUUUUAACACAAACUUUCUCUUUCACUCCUUAUCUACAUGCGUGGGUUUCGGCGGCUGCUAAGGGAGCGGUAUCCUGAAAGACGGUACAUUAUAUGACUGAAUGAUAUUCUGUUACUCUGGUAUUUUCUUUGUGUGUGUCAUCGUUCAUUUACGAUGAAUCUGAUGGCGUAAGAUUUGGAUGACGGAUUUAGUGUUGAAAGUAUUCUCUGUUUAAAAAAAAAAAAAGGAAGAAAGGUCUCUAGUAAACUUUUGGAACUGUUUCUAAGAUUAUUCGAAGCUUCACAGCUGAAGAAAAUAAAGUGACUAAAGGAGAAUGUUUAUUAAA